CUAAGCUGCUGGGAGAAAACUUUUAAUAUUAUUAUUUUUUUAAAUUAGAUUAUAAUAAUCCUUAUUACAUAAAAAUAGAAUCGAAUUGAGAAUCUUUUCCUUUCUGAAGCUGGUGUAAAAGACAUAAAAAGUAGUCAGUCAAUAUCUGUACUUUAACAUAAAAAUAAUAAGAAAUUAAAACAUAUUAUAGGCGUAUGAAUUUUUAACGAACUGUCAAAUUAUAGCCCUAGGUUGGACUAUAUAAAUCACGACUUUAGUUUAAGGCUAACGAUGGCUAAAUAUUUCGUAUCAGAAGCGUUUGGUCCGCAUUUAAGAGCGCUCGCAAGAGUAGCUUAUUUCAAAAUUGUUUCCAAAGAUGAACCACUCGCAAAGCGUUUUUUAUACAAAUUGUAUCAAUAUAUUAUAUGGUUUUUAAUUUUUCUCUACAACCUACAGCAUUUGAUUCGUGUAGUUCAGGUUCGAAACAGUAUUGAGCAGUUGGUGGACACGCUGUUUAUUUUGUUGACUACUCUCAACUGUCUGGGCAAGCAGGUCGCCUUCAACGCAAAGAGCCAACGUGUUAAAGAAAUCUUUAAUGUCAUUGAUGGACCAGUUUUCGCGCCGACAAAACCUCAUCAUCUUGAAGUGAUGAAGAAAAAUACAGUAUCAAUGGCACAUCUAUUGUUAAUAUAUCAAUGUGGCUCUAUGUUUUGUGUUUGUCUCUGGUUUAUUUUUCCAUUUGUGAAUAGAGCAUUGGGCAAGGAAAUUGCAUUUACAGGCUAUCUACCAUUCGACGCAAGUGAAUCUCCAGCUUUCGAGCUAGCUGUUCUUUACAUGACGUUUACAAUCGGAAUUCAAGCAUACGGCCAUGUCGGUAUGGAUUGUACGAUAGUAGCACUCUACCGACAAGCCACGGUCCAAGUACAAUUGCUCCGAUACAAUCUGGAACAUCUCAUGGAUACAGAUGACGAGAAUGUAAAAAUAGAAGCGAGGAUUAUUACCAAGACAAAUAACGAACGGCACGUUAACAAAGACAAUACGUAUGAUCCAUCAGAUAUGAUACAAAGACGAUUAGUGGACAAUGCUAAUCAUUAUAAGACAAUUGCCAGUUUUGUAAAAGAGGUAGAGUCGAUUUUCAGCGAAGCCAUGAUUGUUCAAUUCUUUGCGAUGGCUUGGGUCAUAUGUAUGACUGUCUACAAAAUUGUUAGUCUGAGUAUAUUAUCGGCGGAAUUCAUGUCGAUGGCUAUGUACCUGGGUUGCAUGUUGGGCCAACUCUUUAUUUAUUGCUACUUCGGAACUGAAUUAAUAAUGGAGAGUGAAUUCAUAUGUCAGUCGAUAUAUUGCGGUGACUGGUUGUCUCUGUCACCGAGUUUCCGUAGAAAAUUGCUGUUGUUGAUGAGUUACUGCAAAAGACCUUUGGCUCUUCGCACCGCCUACAUAAUACCCAUGUCAUUGAAUACUUACAUUGCGGUGCUGAAAUCCUCAUAUAGUCUCUUCACGUUCUUAAAUCGGAACUAGGUAUAACUGAAACGUACCUAGGUUUACUUACUUAGUUAUUACUACAAUCAAACAUGUCUACGUAGAUAUUCAUUA